GUGUGUGCAGUUGGCAAAGCCAUGAAAAGGCCCCAAUGUCCGUGCCAAGGCUGCUUGAAGGGCCUCGGUGUGACACGGGAGGCAGGUGGCGGGCGGGCGGGCAGCUGGCCGCCUCCCCGGGAAUGUCCUGUCCUUCGGGGCUGCCCUGGGCUGCAGGGGAGACGCUGCGGGCGGCCAGAGCGCACUCGGUUCCCAUUCCUCUUCUCGCCCCGCAGGCCCAGGGCCCGGCCGUGCCCAGCGCCGCUGGGAGCCCCGGCCAGCACCACGGACGGCGCCCAGGAAGCCCGCGUGCCCCUGGACGGGGCCUUCUGGAUCCCCAGGCCCCCCGCGGGGUCACCCAAGGGCUGCUUCGCCUGCGUGUCCAAGCCCCCCGCCCUGCAGGCGCCCGCGGGCCCGGCCCCCGAGCCCUCGGCCUCUCCCCCGAUGGCACCCACGCUGUUCCCCAUGGAGGCCAAGGGCGGCAAGGCAGACAGCGUGCGGGGGGCUGGCCAGCCCCAGGUCUGCAAGCACCUGGCGGAGAAGAAGACGAUGACCAACCCCACGACGGUCAUCGAGGUGUACCCCGACACCAGCGAGGUCAACGACUACUACCUGUGGUCCAUCUUCAACUUCGUCUACCUCAACUUCUGCUGCCUGGGCUUCAUCGCCCUGGCCUACUCCCUCAAGGUCCGGGACAAGAAGCUGCUCAAUGACCUGAACGGCGCCGUGGAGGACGCCAAGACCGCCCGGCUGUUCAACAUCACCAGCUCUGCCCUGGCCGCCUCCUGCAUCGUCCUGGUCUUCAUCUUCCUGCGGUACCCGCUCGCCGACUACUGAGCCGCCCGCUCGCCGACUACUGAGGCGCCGAGCGCCAGAAGGGCUCUUUCAGGACCGAGAUGCCGUGGGGGGGGGGGGGGGGGCAGAGCGGGCGUCCGCCCUGGGCCCCGGAGCCAUGAGCGGGCGACCAGGCUGGCGAGGUUCGCAUCAUCGAGGGCGGCGAGCUGCGUGCAGGCCCCUCUCGCCCAGCCCUCCACCUGCUUUGGCCCCUGGCUCCUCCUGGGCUUCACCCCGGCUUCCCGCGGCUGCACCCCCACCCCGUGUGCCCCACCCGGGUCCCUGGGUCCCUCCGACCUGACACCCAGCAAGAAGGGCUCCGAGGGAGCUCCCGGUGCGUGCGUGUGGGGGCUGCUGGCAUCUGGGGACUCCCUCCACCCACCCCCUGACCCAGGCUCCAAGCUGCGACCCCGCGACCCCGCUCAGAGCUCCUGUGUCUGUGAAUUUUCAAUAAACUCCUGCCCAGC